CGCUGGAACCGUGAAUCAACUGAACCCCAACCGGCAUAUCUCAUCCUUUGUUCUCCAGAGAUGUUAUCAAGGAAAAGUCAUUUCUGAGAUGACGUACCCUUCGCUACAGGGGUAGAACAACCAAUGAGAUUCCAGGCUACAUUUAUCCACCGCAUGUCUAAUCACAUCACUGGGCUUUCUGGAUAUGUCUUUGCAAGCAGAAGAAUCAACUGUAUAAUGAUACUGAUGGUGGUAGUACUGUGGCCGAUGAUGGAAGGCGUUGCCAUGGCUCCGAAUAUCACUCACUCUUGGAAUGCAAGCCGAUGGUGUAUUGCGAAUGUGUUGACCGCACAGAAACAACGUGCAACCUGAGCAUCACCUAUAGAUGGAAGACUGUUUCCCUACCAGCCUUUCCAAGAAUUUAGUUCUUCCGUAACUCACAAUCCUCCACCCAGACAACAUAAAGCCCUGGAAUGCCUUCACUCCCGUAUUUCCGGAGUGAUAAACUACACACACACACAGAACCACACGAAUCCAUCUCAUGGAAAUUCAUUCGUGAUGGUGUACUGAUUAUCGGAUAUUUGAACUUCAAUCUUUAAUUCAAGGUAAUUAUCAGCUUUCAAUAUGGCUGCUGACAUUGUUGGAUUUUUCAUGUCUAAAAUAUAUACACUGGCUGGGAAAUAUACAGCACCAACUACAGUUACAAUAGAUGGUACUUCGAUAGACUAUACCCCAGUUGAACACGUUGUGAAGAACAGGUACGAGCGAGAUGACGACGGCUCCUGUUGCGACAACAUCGGUGUUGGAGAGAAUACAGGCAACAGUGGCUUUGCUGAUGUUAGAUCUUAGAGUUGUCAUUGAUACAGAAGACGCCACUGACCAAAAAUGUGAACAGAGGGGCCUUUGUUCAGAUUUGUUUUGUCUUCGGCGGGCUGUGGUUUCCUCUUGUUCAAACGAUACCGGCCAAGGAACACUAAAUACGUAUCCAGAACCCGAGGCUGCGACAAAUUAUAACGUGCUCCGGCCGUUACCAACACUUGUCGAACUGUGUUUACCAAAAAUAGCCUGCAGUGGGGAGUAUAUGAAAUUGUGGGCACCCUUUCCACCAGGCCUGCAGCCUCUAAUGAGGGCACUCCGCAAUCAACAGUGGCUGCAGCAACUCCGAUUUAGUUGGCUAAUGAAAGCUAUCGAGGAGGCAGAGCGCGCAGUGAAAGAUCAUAUCAGGCCACUGUCUAGCAGCCAGUGCAGCGAAGGGCAUUUACUGUUUCGUCGGCACACCCGCCACCGUGAUUCGCUUAUGGGUUGGCGUCAGAAUCCAGACUUGCCUUAUGGUCCAGAUAUGUUGGCACUGCCGGAACCUGUCGACGGCUACGAUGCGAGUGACUGGUGCAUCGCUGUUGUAGCUCACACCAUAGACAUGUUGCUACCGACGACAAUGUCCGAACCAGUCGUAACUGAAACUGUAAGCGCUCUUUGCGACCACUCUGCAGCAAUGGCGGCGAACGUGGACAGCGUGAGGUGCCUGCUGUCAAAGUGGGCGCCUAAGUUGGCGCAGCACUGCUUUGACGCAGCACUGGUAUAUGUCUGGUGGUCAAGAGGCCACAUUGAGAGGGCGAAGCAGUUACUGCUACAACUUCUUAAUCACCAAAUCGAUGACAUGGUGGCAUCAAGUGCAAACUUUCCUGAAACCGGUCUCCAGAUUGGGCUGUAUUUGAACGAGCUCGGUCGGAUGAUGACGCACGCUGACCAGCCCGAAUUAGCCGGCCAGUUUUACCGAGAUGCUAUGGAGUUUGCCCAAGACGGCUCGCCCUUGAGCAUCAACAGUAGCAGACUACAAUCUCUUGCACUCUGUGCGGCUGCCUACGACCAGGGGAUGAUGAACCAGCAUUAUGCUGUACGGGCCCAGUCCCUAUGGUAUUCGGUGUUGUGUGAGCCCGAUUGCCCGCCCGAACUCACCCAGGCGGCUAUAGUUUCACUGCUGCACUGUCAUGUUAGCUUCAGCUCUCAAGAAAAUGUAACAAAAGUGGAUGCGGACAAGCUGUGGCUGAAAGAGAUGGCAGCCAAACUUCAUGACAUCUCUCUUAAAGAUCCGAGUGCUUAUUUUUACUUGUCAGCUGUUUGGGCCUUUCUGGGCAAGAAUGAUGAGGCAUUUGAAGCUUACGUCAACUACAGCGCAUACUUCAGCCAGACAAGAGGUACUGAGGUGCCGGGGAGUGUUGUAAAAUCUGGUCCUGGAAGUAAUCAGCAUUAUCCUUGGUGGAAAGUUUCAGAAUGGUUGGCUAGCAAAUCAACUGCUACAAAAGAUAGAAAUGGCCGAGCUUUCAUGUGUAUGCCGCUGUUAUGGCGGCGGAAUCUGGGCCAUACGACCUGCAUACUGGGGAAUCAAACAUCUAAACGUUGCGUUGGGGAUGUCUGUGGAGUUAUGCCACAUUUUUGCAUCACACGUGAUGGCUUCUUGACGGGAUGCAUCAUGGGAAACCUCCCGCCGAUGUCAAACUUUCUGCUAAAUCCACAUACCGGCAGACCAUGCGCAUCAGACCACGGAAGGCAGUUGGAUUUGCUGAAGUGGGAUAACUUCCACUCAAAGCAGGAAGGUAUUCAGCCUGGUUUAAGAUCGGUGUUAUUUGAUGCUUCUAGAGCUGCAUUCCAUGUUCCUUGCUCAGGUUUUCUAGACUCAUCGUACCCGUGUGGCUUCCGCAUCGAUACCUACUUACCAACUCCUAUCCACUUGCUGACAAACAGAAGAACCGGGGACGUGUUCAGCUUACUGGUUUCCAACAAUAUUGUGGACUACAAUAGACACAUAAGUAAGCAAGACGAUUGGGAAUUCUCAGUCAGAUUUCCUGCAAUUUCUCAUCACGAAGCAGUACUGAUAUGCACCAGUAGCUUGAAGAAUUUAAAAAUAGAUCUAAGGUCAGUGAUUGUCCAGGCAAAACGAGAUGCUGUCCUUCGGGAUCUGGGCAAUAAUUCAGAAUGCAGCAGUGAUUACAGAAGAAUGAACGAAGCCAAAAUCCUUCUGCAAAUUCUUGUCAAGCACAAGUGUCAAAUUGGCGUUUUCCUUGCACAAGACAUCGCUGAUAACCGCCAGGGAUCCCAAGUAAGCAAACUAAAAUUAGCUCUCCAGCGUGAAAACCUCGAGUCACUCAAAGAUUUUCUCCCUCCACCGCAAACUAUCCGAGUUUCGAACGUUCUAUUUGUCGGGGAAAACACCGCAAUUCUAAGUUUACUAUGUGCAAUCAGCCCCUACAAUUCUCAGGAGGACAACACACUGGUAUUUGCUGAUUGUGACACAGCGAAUACUUUCAGGAACCCAGUGGUACAUUUCACCUCUUCUCCCGACAAGUCAUGGAAAUUGCCUGAUCAAUUCGUAGACUGGAAAUCUGUUGGCACGAAUAAGAAGGUCUUCUUUGUCUACGAAAGCGUAAUUUCAACCAGGAAUGAUUGUUCCGGUGAGGCAAAAACUCUAAUUGUCUUUGACGAACUCGGCGGCAUCUUAAUGAAAGAGGUCAGCAAUGGUAGAAAGACAUCCGGGCCACAUGGAUGUGUAAACUUUUUUACGUGCUGUGGAUGGAAUCUACUUGGAUUCAACUACUCAAGGACUGGGGUUAUCUCAUACAACGUGAGAACAAGAACGACUAGGACUGUUAGACUCCCUCAAGUUGAAAGCUUGCAAGUAGCAGGCAGUGUCAUCUUGGUCGCUGUGCCGGCGGGAGUAGUUGCCUUGGAGUCUAUCAACCUUCUGCCUCUGAUUGUAAGUCGAGUCAAUCAUUUUCCUGUUCCCUUGGGUACCAACACAGAUGAAAAGACUCACAGUGAUGCAUUAGUGGUUGAAGGGGAUUCUCGAUUUUUGCAAAUACUGACCUCGAGUGGCUUGACAGAUGGCCUUGCUCAAUAUUCAAACAGAGAUGAAAAGAGACAUUCCACGAGGGCUUUCCUUGGUCUUAUUAAUCGUGUCGUAAUUCUAGAAAUUUCAACUGAAUCAAAAGCUCUCAGCUGCAGUAACUGUUGUCCUCUUCCCACGACGCUGACAGUCACCGCUGAUGUCAUCUUAGCGGGAAUACCAACCGAACUCUGCUUUAUCAGCCAAAGCGUCGGCUUCAUCGUCACGACAACCGUUUCAAAGGAACGCCAUCCCUUAGAGACGGAGAUGAUGUACUGGUUUGACAUGUCUGGGAACAUGCGCGGCGUCCAUCCUCUGUUGGGACCAGGGCCUCACGGAAUGACCGCUGUGCCUCUGAAGGAUCCUGACCAGGGUGAAAGCUUGAGCGAAGUGCAAUCUCUACGAUGGCACUUAUUUUUUGACGAUGGAUUAGGAGGCAUCUGUUGUAUACGAAUUUAAGAGCAUGAUAAAUAACUAUAGUAUUGGUCCCUGUCUCAGCACUAGGCCAAUUUGGACAUAUGGGAAGAACAGGCACUUAAUACUUCUGCAGGAAGUAAUUUAGACCGUGCACAACAGAGAAGUCCUGUUUGGAGCAAAUGACAUUUAUUUGUUAAAAAGUAAUACCGUCUCAUUCGGGGACAGGGUUACCAAUUCAAGUUUUACAACGGGUGGGCACGUACUGUUGCCACUACAUGUGAUUGAUUGAUUUGAAAGAUCUUGUCACGCGAUGAAUUUAACAUGGACGAAAUGCUGAGCUCUAUUUGCCCUUUUUGGGGGGGGGUUGGGAUGUUGCUUAUUAGACGCAAUCGCCUUGGCGACGCUCAAAACUGUGAAUCGUCCACACUCAGUCGCAGACAUCAAAAUAGCAAAAAAAUAAAAUUAAGACUGAGCGAUAAUUAAAAUACCCCUUUCAAAGCUUAAUAAGCAGGCCCUAGUUGGACUGUUAGGGAGUAAUUGAUUCCAAUUUGCAUGACUUUUAAAUGCACCUUUAAAGGUAGUGAACACCGUAGGUUUUGUCCCAAUUUCACAAGAUUGGCUGAUUACGGUGGGCAAUAUUCACUGCAACGUACAUUCCACUGACUUGUUUCAUGUUUGAGUCAACUGCUUUAAGAAAAAUCGAGAAAAAUAGCGCUGCAUUUUCAAAGCUUAAAUCGAAGGUCCUGUAAUUUAUCUGGCGUAGACUCUAUGGAUUACAGGGCGCUUGUAGUAUAAGCGAACAACAUCCGUGGGGUCAGAGUGACUAAGGAGCAGUUCUAACUCUUCGACAAUGUAGCAUUGCGGAUUCAUGAAAAAAACCUCAUCGAGGAACGUAGUCGACUCAUGUCCGUCCGUGAACGAGCAGGCCUAUAUGAUAAUGCACGUGCGCGCGCGAUCGUGCGUAAUGAUCGCACUUUCACGUCGGUUUACACGUCGAUGAAAGUCUAAAACUCCAUUCUUAUAGUUAAUUCACUAAUAAGUAUAAGCCAAAGAGAAAUUAUGUUUUGAAACGUGGGAGGUUUAACGUGUGGAAAUCAUACUUUUUGUUGAAAAACAUCCCUUUUACCAUUCUGCUCGGAACAGCCACCAUAUUUGGAUCAUACCAUUAUAUUUAUAUGCUCUAGGGGUGAUUUUGAAUUCGCACAGUUUUCGCGCUGAGAAAAUACUUUCUUUGAAUAAAAUUUAACUUUACACUGAUCCAAUUUAUUUUUCACUUUACGACUUACACUCAGCUUCCUAUAAUUUCAGUUAAGAACGCUUUUGGCGAAUUUCUGUCCAUUUUUAAGCUGCUUUUGGGUUUACCCGUUCACUAAUGGAGACUCCCACAACAUCUGCAAACACUGAACCAAGAAAAUUGGCGCCUGUUAAAGAGAGCGGUGUGCGAAGUGAAAUGAGCUCUUAUACGAUGGUCGGCCAACGCGUCGUAAAAAGAGAACAAAAUUUUCUGUUUUCUCGAAAACUAAAGCAUUUUGGGUGGAAAUAUUUUACAGGCUGAUUGAGGUUGUUACGUACUUUCUUUCAAGUAAGAUAUUUCACGAUUAUGCGGUAGUCCGUACAAGUUAGGGGAUUUUACCAAUGAGUAUAUACCUUUAAUGUCCGAGUCUACAGCUCUACAAUUAGUGUAAUAGCUGAAAUUAUACAUGCAAUACAUUAGACAUGGUGUGAUUCAUUUCUAAUCAAACCAACGUAAGACCAGAGCGCUUCAUGCGGUACCCUGCUGUAUAAAGGUGCGUAAUGGAUCAUCAAAAAUAAAAGGCAUUGUAAACGGAAAACGUUGUAUGAAAGCACUCAGAAUAUAAGUCCUCAGCUCGGUAAGCGGCGACUAAAAUUAGACCCAUUUUUGCAAAGAAAAUAGCCUAGAAAGUGCAAAAUGAUGAUUUGUUCCGUGCUUUGCAAAACGUGAAUCACGUUCAGCUACGAUUUAAUUGUGUAUCUUUAUCGAGAGUGUAGGGAACGUCUUUGUGUGAUUGUGGGGGUUAAAGAAUACAAAACAGGAAGCAGUAUCCUUUGCUUGCAAUAAUGUUUCUCCACUUGGACUAGAUAUUGUGUGUGUAAAUGCGAUUGUUGCAAUAAACACUAUUUUACAGCUUUUUUGUACGUGAAACGUGCAGGACGUUACUUAUAUGUCCGUGUAGCUCGUUGUUUUGACAGGCCUUAAUAUUUUUUCUCGUCCGGGCGUACAUGUUUGUGAUACCUUGAUGCUAGCUUCCCUUUCCCCCAAUUUGAAAAUUUUAACCUGGACACAGCCUACUGUGCAUGGAAGUUGCAAC